GCCAUUUCUCUCCCAGCGAGAGGAGUUUGACCACAAGACAACACACACAAACCUCGGAGAUUGAAGCAAGUUUUGAUAUUUAAGUCAUGACUCACAGUAAAAAACAUUUUUAGUAAUUUUAUUAACUUUAAUUAGACCAAUACAUUUUGGACAACAACGCGUGUGCCGCAUACCACAGGUGUAUUCAACGAGUUGAUUAACCGGUGCGGAUAUGGAGGAGUCCAGUGACUUGUAUGACGUGUACGAGACAAAUAGCUCCCCUCCCUGGGCCGACCACCAACAUCAGUGUCUGGAGGAGCUGGACAAUGUGGAGUGUCUCAGAAGGAAGAUCAAAUAUUACUUCAUGAACCCCUGUGAGAAGUACCAUGCUCGCGGUCGAAAACCAUGGAAACUUAUACUGCAGAUUAUCAAAAUUGCCAUCAUUACUGUCCAGUUAGUAUCUUUUGGGCUCAGCAACCAGAUGGUUGUCACAUUCAAGGAGGAAAAUCUGAUGACAUUCAAGCACCUCUUCUUGAAAGAUUAUGUUGAUGGAGGCAUGGAUACAUAUGCUGUUUACAGACAGGCUGAUGUUUAUGAUCACAUCGAUUAUAUCAUUGAACAGUAUGGACACCUGCACAACACCACAGUAGGAAAUCACGAAUAUGAGAAAAAUGGUGAUUUCUACACCCCUCUGUCAGUGUGCCAGGAGUUCUACAGAAACGGUACCAUCUACCCUGGAAAUGAAACCUUUGAAAUCAAUGCUGAAGUGGAAACUGAUUGCGUCAAAGUAUAUCCGAUGUAUCAUCCGUCAUUGCAUGAAGCAUUUCCAUAUUUUGAACUGCAUUUCAAAAGGAUGAUCUCUGUCAAGAUCACAUUUGUUCUGAAGGCCAUAAAUUUACAGACAGUGAGACAUCGAGAGCUGCCAGACUGCUACGACUUUACUGUUAUUAUCACCUUUAACAACCAAGCUCACAGCGGCAGGAUAAAGGUUGACAUGGAAAACGAUGUAGACAUCAAUGAGUGCAGGGACUGGAAAGUAACUGGAGCAUCUGCCAGAAACAUAUACUUGACUGUGCUGUUUGACUGCCUCAUCAUUAUAACGUGCAUCACCUCCUUCACCCUCUGCACACGCUCAGUGAUCAAUGGGAUUCAGCUGCAGCUUGCGUACACACUCUACUGCAAGAACCAGUGCGGUAAAGAAGUGCCAUGGUCAGACAGGCUGGAGUUUGUGAGCGGCUGGUACAUCCUGAUCAUUGUUAGUGACACACUAACUAUCAUCGGCUCCAUUCUCAAGAUCGAGAUCCAGACCAAGGUCCUCACAAGUUAUGAUGUCUGCAGCAUCUUCCUUGGGACGGGGACAAUGUUUGUGUGGAUCGGGGUCAUCCGCUACAUGGGCUACUUUAGGAAGUAUAAUGUAAGGCCAGAUCACACAUUCAGUGCAAUUAGGUCAACAAUUUCAGAUCUUUUACUAUCUUUUGUUGAUAUCUUUGGCUUUUUUUUUCAGAUUCUCAUCCUGACACUGAGGGCAGCUUUCCCAAAUGUUAUCCGUUUUAUCUGCUGUGCUGGAAUUAUCUACUUGAGUUACUGUUUUUGUGGCUGGAUCGUCCUUGGCCCAUAUCAUGAGAAGUUCCGGACCUUGAACACGGUAUCAGAGUGUCUGUUCUCCCUGAUCAACGGAGACGACAUGUUUCCCACAUUCAAGAACAUGAAGCAGAAGAGCAGCCUGGUGUGGAUUUUCAGCAGGGUCUACCUCUACACCUUUGUGUCGCUCUUCAUCUACAUGAUCCUCAGCCUCUUCAUCACACUCAUCACUGACACCUACGACACCAUCAAGCAGCAACAGCAGAGUGGAACCCCAACAUCAGAGCUGCAGAAAUUCCUGAUGGUGUGCAGAGAUCUGCCGAACUCUGGGGUGUACAGACUUGACGAGAACAACAGCUGUUUCUUGAACUGCUGCAUCAACAGGUUCAGGAAGGUUCAGGAGAGGCUGACCUCAGAGGCAUAACAGGCCUUUAAUGUGGAAUAUUCAAACAUUUUACUGUAACAACUAUAACCUAACAAUAGUACUCGUGUACUCUUAUAUUCAUCGAAGAGUCUUCAAAAUCCUUUUGUUAUUUUUUGUUUUCAUGUGGCUCAGUGCAUAAGACCGAAUAGAGGGUUAGAGAUGAAGCAGUCUUUGACAAUGAUGAAUUCUGGUCUCUGAGAUGCGCUUACGCCAACAGCACUUUGUCAUGCACUUUUUAAUAUUGAUGUGUUAAUGAAAAAGAUUGUGACAA